GGAGGCAGAAGUCUGCAGUGCUCUCAUGUGUCCGAGCUUGGGGCAGAGAGGGCCCGUCCCGGCCCCGCGCAACGUCGUCCCGCUCCUCCGGUUUUCUCUGCUGCUCCCGGCCUCCCGGGCUCCGUGGCCCGCCCGACAUCAGCCAUCCCUGCUCUCGGCGGUACCCUGUGGAGACUUCCCCUCCGUGCCCUGCGCCUGAGGAGGAGGAGCCUCGGCUGCAUGUCUCCCGCGUUGCAGGAGCGCACGUCCUCCGGCAUGAAGAAAACCCUGCAGGAUGGGAUUGGAGCCAUUCUUCGGGAGAGGAUCAUGGUGCUGGAUGGAGGGAUGGGGACCAUGGUCCAGCGGUACCAGCUGAGUGAAGAAGACUUCCGAGGUCAAGAAUUUAAAGAUCAUCCCAGGCCACUGAAAGGCAACAAUGACAUCCUCAGUAUAACUCAGCCCGAUGUCAUUUACCAAAUCCACAAGGAUUACCUGCUGGCUGGGGCGGAUAUCAUUGAAACAAACACUUUCAGCAGCACUCAUGUUGCCCAAGCGGACUAUGGCCUGGAACACUUGGCUUACCGGAUGAACAAGUGCUCUGCGGGAGUGGCCAGGAAAGCAGCCGAGGAGAUAACCCUCCAGACAGGAAUUAAGAGGUUUGUGGCAGGAGCCCUGGGUCCAACUAAUAAGACCCUCUCUGUAUCCCCGUCUGUGGAAAGACCAGAUUACAGGAACAUCACAUUUGAUGAACUCGUUGAAGCGUACGAAGAGCAGGCCAAAGGACUUCUGGAUGGUGGCGUUGACAUCUUACUCGUUGAAACGAUUUUCGAUACCGCCAAUGCCAAGGCAGCCUUGUUUGCACUCCAAAACCUUUUUGAAGAGAAAUAUGCUCCCCGGCCUAUCUUUAUUUCAGGGACAAUUGUGGAUAAAAGUGGACGGACACUUUCUGGACAGACAGGAGAGGCGUUUGUCAUCAGUGUGUCUCAUGCAGACCCCCUCUGCAUUGGAUUAAAUUGUGCUCUGGGUGCAGCUGAAAUGAGACCUUUCAUUGAAAUAAUUGGAAAAUGUACGACAGCCUAUGUCCUCUGUUAUCCCAAUGCAGGUCUUCCCAAUACCUUCGGUGACUAUGAUGAGACUCCACACAUGAUGGCCAUGCAUUUAAAGGACUUCGCCGUGAAUGGCUUGGUCAAUAUCGUUGGAGGGUGCUGCGGAACGACGCCAGAUCAUAUCAGGGAAAUUGCUGAAGCUGUGAAAAACUGUAAGCCUCGGGUUCCACCUGCCACUGUGUUUGACGGGCAUAUGUUACUGUCGGGUCUAGAGCCCUUCAGGAUUGGACCGUACACCAACUUUGUUAAUAUCGGAGAACGCUGUAACGUGGCAGGAUCCCGGAAGUUUGCGAAACUCAUCAUGGCAGGAAGCUAUGAAGAGGCCCUGAGUGUUGCCAAGGUGCAAGUGGAAAUGGGAGCCCAGGUGCUGGACGUCAACAUGGACGACGGCAUGCUCGAUGGUCCCAGCGCCAUGUCCACGUUCUGCAGCUUCAUUGCUUCCGAGCCUGACAUCGCCAAGGUGCCCUUGUGCAUCGACUCUUCCAAUUUCGCGGUGAUUGAAGCCGGGUUAAAGUGCUGCCAGGGGAAGUGCAUCGUCAAUAGCAUCAGCCUGAAGGAGGGAGAGGCCGACUUCUUGGAGAAGGCCAGGAGGGUCCAGAAGUUUGGAGCUGCUGUGGUCGUCAUGGCUUUUGACGAAGAGGGACAGGCGACAGAAACAGACACCAAAGUCAGAGUGUGCACCCGGGCCUACCAUCUGCUUGUGAAAAAACUGGGCUUCAAUCCAAAUGACAUCAUCUUUGACCCUAACAUCCUCACCAUUGGUACCGGGAUGGAGGAACACAACUUGUAUGCCGUUAAUUUUAUCCAUGCAACAGAAGUCAUUAAGAGGACUUUACCUGGAGCCAGGAUAAGUGGAGGUCUUUCCAACUUGUCCUUUUCCUUCCGAGGAAUGGAAGCCAUUCGAGAAGCAAUGCAUGGGGUUUUCCUGUACCACGCGAUCAAGUUUGGUAUGGACAUGGGGAUAGUGAAUGCUGGGAACCUCCCUGUGUAUGACGAUAUCCAUAAGGAACUUCUCCAGCUCUGUGAAGAUCUCAUCUGGAACAAAGACCCUGAGGCCACUGAGAAGCUCUUACACUAUGCCCAGACUCAUGGCAAAGGAGGGAAGAAGGUCGUGCAGACCGAUGAGUGGAGGAACAGUUCUAUUGAAGAACGCCUGGAGUACGCCCUCGUGAAGGGCAUUGAAAAACACAUUGUUGCGGAUACUGAGGAAGCCAGGUUAAACCAGGAAAAAUACCCCCGACCUCUGAAUAUAAUUGAAGGGCCUCUGAUGAGUGGCAUGAAAGUCGUUGGUGACCUUUUUGGAGCUGGAAAAAUGUUUCUACCUCAGGUUAUAAAGUCAGCUCGGGUCAUGAAGAAGGCUGUUGGCCACCUAAUUCCCUUUAUGGAAAAAGACAGAGAAGAAGCCAGACUGCUGACUGGCACCGUGGAAGAAGAGGACCCUUACCAGGGCACCAUUGUGCUGGCCACCGUGAAGGGAGACGUGCAUGACAUAGGCAAGAACAUAGUCGGAGUAGUCCUUGGCUGCAAUAAUUUCAGGGUUAUUGACUUGGGAGUCAUGACUCCCUGCGAUAAGAUCCUGAAAGCCGCUCUUGAGCACAAAGCAGAUAUAAUUGGACUGUCAGGACUCAUAACUCCUUCCCUGGAAGAAAUGAUAUUUGUUGCCAAGGAAAUGGAGAGAUUAGCAAUCAAGAUCCCGUUGUUGAUUGGAGGGGCAACCACUUCGCGAACCCACACAGCAGUUAAAAUAGCUCCAAGGUACAGUGCGCCUGUAAUCCAUGUCCUGGACGCAUCCAAGAGUGUGGUGGUGUGUUCUCAACUAUUAGAUGAGAAUCUAAAGGAUGAGUACUUUGAGGAGAUCAUGGAAGAGUAUGAAGACAUAAGACAGGACCAUUAUGAGUCUCUCAGGGAGAGAAGAUACUUAACCUUAAGUGAAGCUAGGAAAAGCGGUUUCCAUAUUGACUGGCUGUCGGAGCCUCACCCAGUGAAGCCCACGUUUCUCGGGACCCGGGUCUUUGAAGACUACGACCUGCAGAAGCUGCUGGACUACAUUGACUGGAAGCCUUUCUUUGACGUGUGGCAGCUCCGGGGCAAGUACCCGAAUCGAGGCUUUCCCAAGAUAUUUAACGACAAGACUGUAGGUGAAGAGGCCAGAAAAGUCUACGAGGAUGCCCAGACUAUGCUGAAAGCCCUGAUUAGCGAAAAGAAGCUGCAGGCCAGGGGCGUGGUUGGGUUCUGGCCAGCGCAGAGCGUCCAGGACGACAUUCACCUGUACGCAGAGGGCGCCGAGCCCGCGGCCGCGCCGCCCAUAGCCACCUUUUACGGGCUGCGGCAACAGGCCGAGAAGGACCCCGCUAGCACAGAGCCGUACCUCUGCCUCUCGGACUUUGUCGCCCCGCUGCACUCGGGCCUGCGGGACCACCUGGGCCUGUUCGCCGUCGCCUGCUUUGGGGUGGAGGAGCUGAGCCGGGCCUACGAGGAGCAGUGUGAUGACUACAGCAGCAUCAUGGCCAAGGCACUGGGGGACCGGCUGGCAGAGGCCUUUGCAGAGGAGCUCCACGAGCGGGUCCGCAGGGAGCUGUGGGCUUACUGCGGCGGUGAGCAGCUGGACUUGGCUGACCUGAGAAGGCUACGCUAUGGGGGCAUCCGCCCGGCCCCCGGUUACCCGAGCCAGCCUGACCACACGGAGAAGCUCACCAUGUGGAAACUUGCGGACAUUGAGCAGUGCACAGGCAUUAGGUUAACUGAAUCCUUGGCAAUGGCGCCUGCGUCAGCAGUGUCGGGCCUCUACUUCUCCAACUCCAAGUCCAAAUACUUUUCUGUGGGAAAAAUUUCCAAAGAUCAGAUUGAGGAUUAUGCUCUGAGGAAGAAUAUGUCUAUGACCGAGGUGGAGAAAUGGCUGGGACCCAUUCUGGGAUAUGAUACAGACUGACUUUUUGUUUCUAUGCUUGAUGACCUUUGGGGCAAUAUAGUCCUGAGUGCCUUAGAAAGAACCGCAGCAGCACACAAGCCCAUCUGCUUCUGGCUGACAUUUGCGCUGCGUCAGCUUCUGGAAGUCUGUUCGGUGGAAACCAGGGUCUUCCUUGGUUCUUGGAAUACAAGCUGCUGUUUGUCAGGCGCUCUUGACGGGGCAGCAAGCACAACGCUGGCUGUGUCCCUGGUCCCUGAGCACUGGGACAAGCUAGAGAUAGAGGUCUUUUGCAUUUCAAAGCAAGUCAGCUUGCUCUUUUCAUUUUUACCUAGAAUCUAGGAGGCCACUUAAUGCUUUUUUUUUUUUUUCUUUUCUAUU